AUGCAACACCCACCCUGCGGGCCUGGCAAUUGCUCGGCGUAAAAAAGAAAAAUUUCCGGAGGGCUCCGGGGGUGUUCAGAGUCUCCUAACCCAGCCCCCGCCUCGACUGCGUGUUGUGCUGCUGAGCGCGAGGCCGACGUCCAGCCUGGCCGUGCGGGGGGCGGGGGAGGGGUGUUGCUCGUGUGUGAUCUCGAAGGGAAGCUGGACCCGGGGUGCACAGUGGGAGGGAGAGGACGCGCCCAUUUAAGAACGAAACCGCGGGAGGUUUCUAGUUUUAAAUUGAAAGGAGAGGCGCCCCCUUGUUUGAAAAUAAAUAAAUAA